CGACGCAAAUUUCCCCUCUACUUGAUCGGGUAUGACCCAGUGGGGAAGGUACAAAGGGCAGCCAGUGUGGGGGACUUGGCUUCAAUAGAACGGCUGAUCAACUGCCAUGGAUACCACGUGAAUGGCCAGUACACAAGGCGCAGGAAGUCACUCCAUUACGACUGUGCACACAAUCAUCCAGAUGUGGUAACAUUGUUAUUAUCCAAAAAGGCCUCUAUUGAUGUCCAGGAUGAUGAAGGCUGCACACCCUUGAUUAAGGCCACACAGAGGGGCAAUGUAGAAUGCAUAACUAUAUUACUGAUUCAGGGUGCUAAUCCUCACCUGAGGGAUUUAAGUGGGAAUACAGCCCUGCACCAUGCCGUUUCCAGGGACAACACAACAAUUGCCAGCAUUCAGUGUCAUCCCUAA